GGUCUAUUAUACUAAUAUAAAGAAAAUGGCGAGUAAUUCAUUUCAUUUCGUAAGUACUGGUUUAUUUUUAAGUGAAGAGCAAAUUAAAAAAAACAAAUUAAAUGAAUUAAAUACAGAGUUUAUUAUUAAAAAGGAAAUGUUUGAUGAAAGUAAUGCAUAUGAAUCAAUUGAAGAACAAUCUGCAAUGGAACCCAAACAAAUUAAAGAAGAAAUAUUGGACGAAACUAAUGGUACAAUAGAGCACGGAGGAAUUCUUCUAAAUGAUCCGUUAUUCAGGGACAAAUAUGAAAGUAUUAAACUUGAAGAACAAUUAAAUACUGAAUUAAUUAUUAAGGAGGAAAUAUUUGAUGAAAAUAUUUUAGAAUAUCAUAGGACUAAGAAUGAAGAAAAAUCUUUAUCAUGUGAAAUUAAUGAUACAACAUUUAAUCGUGAGGAAAAUUUAAAUAAACGACCUCAUAUUGGUGAAAAACCUUUUUCAUGUGAAAUUUGUGAUAAAACGUUUAGUCGAAAACAUCAUUUAACACAACACAAACAAAUUCAUAUGGGAGAAAAACCUUUUUCGUGUGAAAUGUGUGAUAAAACAUUUAUUCAGAAACAACAUUUAAACCAACACAAACGAACUCAUACUGGAGAAAAACCAUUUUCAUGUGAAAUUUGUAAUCAAACAUUUAAUCAUAAACAAAAUUUAAAUCAACACAAACGCACGCAUACUGGAGAAAAACCUUUUUCAUGUGAAAUUUGUAAUAAAGCAUUUAAUCAGAAACAAAAUUUAAACAAACACAAACGCAUUCAUACUGGGGUGAAACCUUUUUCAUGCGAGUUGUGUAAUAAAACAUUUAUUCAAAAACAUCAUUUAAAUCAGCACAAGCAAACUCAUACUGGAGAAAAACCUUUUUCAUGUGAAGUGUGUGAUAAAACAUUUACGCAGAAAAGCAAUUUAGUUACGCAUAAACAAAUUCAUAUUGAAGAAGGGCCUUUUUCAUGCGAAAUUUGCGAUAAAAAGUUUAAUCUAAAACAUCAUUUAAAUCAACACAAACGAAUUCAUAUCGAAGAAAAACGUUUCUCAUGUGAAGUAUGUGAUAAAAUAUUUAUUCAGGAAGAACAAUUAAAAACAACAUUUAGAUCAGCACAAACGAACUUAUACUAG